AUGAACCCUUCCUAUGUGUUCAGGUCUUCGCCUAUGUCAUUAACACAACUAAUACCUCGAUCUACGUCCCAAUAUCGCCCUAUUUUCUCGUCCAGCAAGGAAUGCUCAUCAACCACAGAACACCGCGGCAACGGCGAGGCUGCGCUCGACCACCCGCGCUUCGCAAACCCUCCCCUCUCUUUAUUGCCUCUGCGCAUGAUUAUUCGCUCACUCUGCACCAGCGUGCUGUCCUCAUCGCCGUUGCUACAACCGUCGCUGCGCAUCAUGGCCGUGAUUGCGCAAAGCGAGAACCGCCUUCUGAACCCAGACCGCAACCCGCUGUUACGUUGGCUGCUCGACAAGACCAUGUACGCGCAGUUCUGCGCUGGUUCCGAAGAGACCGAGGUUCAGGAGACGGUCGCCAGGCUCAAGCGCAUUGGCUUUACAGGCGUCGUUCUUUGCUAUGCGAAAGAGGUGCCGCCACACGAGCAGGGUCAGGAAACACAGGCGAGUGCAGACAGGCAUAUUGACCACUGGGCCAAAUAUACGCUGGAAACAGUGCGCAUGACGGAGCCGGAUGAUUUUGUGGCUGUCAAGUUCACUGGCGCUGGCCAACUCGCCCGUGAUCUGCUCGCCGAGAACCACGCGCCAAAUCUCCGUCUGAGCCAAUGUAUCGACAAUAUUUGCCAACUCGCCCAGCAGCGCGGCGUACGCCUCCUCUUUGACGGCGAGCACGACGCCCUUCAGGACGGCAUCGACAACUGGACGCUACAGUACUCGCAAAAGUACAACACCACGCCGGGCCGCGCCACCAUCUACGGCACGUACCAGGCCUACAAGCGUGCCAUGCCGGACAAGCUCUCGCAGCACCUCAUAGUCGCGCGCGAUGAGGGCUUCACCCUCGGCGUCAAGCUCGUGCGCGGCGCGUACAUGCAGUCGGACCCGCGGGAGUGCUUCUUUGACACCAAGGACGACACUGACAUGUGCUACGACAGCAGCGCGGCGAGCGUGCUAUCGCGGCGGUGGAACGACACGCUCCGCGGCGACGGCGUCGCCGAGUACCCGCAGGUGAGCCUCAUGCUGGCGACGCACAAUGCGACUUCGGUGCGGCGGACGUACGCAAUCCAGAACGAGGGGCGGGCGGAGGCGCAGAUAUCGUUUGCGCAGCUACAGGGCAUGGCGGACGAGAUUAGCUGCGAGCUGGUGCAGAUGAACCGGCGGGCGGACAACGAGAUGAGCGGCGCCGACGGAGGCGCAUACCGCCAUCCGUCGACGGCGAUACUGCCCGUGUACAAGUACAUGGCAUGGGGUACAACGGGGGAGUGUAUCAAGUACCUGCUACGCCGCGUGCAGGAGAAUCGAGACGCCGUGCAGAGGACGCGUGAGGAUCGGGAUGCCAUGUGGAGGGAGCUGAAGCGGCGAAUGAAGCUUUCGGUCGGUGGUGAAUAG